GGUUACAUCUGAAAGCCAUCCCUUAUUUAUAGCGCUGAACUCUGAAAGGCUAUUGAUAUGACCCAAGGUCGGAAAUUCCAAAUUGCGUGACUUUUUUUUUUUCCAUCACUAAUGGGUGGGAUUUCAGCUCAUCAGUGCCGGAAACAUAUUGUUUAAGAUGAGGGUCAGUGAUGACAUCACUGAGGGGGGACACCCGGUUGGCCCAGAGUUAAGGAACUCCUCCCAUCCAUGUGAUCAGGUCUCCUAUAAACUUAGAGCAUCUUUUCCAAAGAACUGUACACUUCAGACUGAGCACCUCCAUCAGAAAGAAAAGAAAGAAAAAGAAGAAACAAAUUCCAAAAAGUCCAAAUGGCAAGCGCUGAUGGCUUCCCUGCCAGCUUUUACAGUGAGCCAGGCGUGCUUGGGCUCCUUGCUAACGGCAUCAGCGCCUUCCUGGUUCUACUGCAGAACUUCCAUGGUGCCCACACUGGUAUCCUUGCACAGGGAGUAGAGGACAUCCUUGCAGGUGUUCAUCUCAUCCUGAUUGGUGGCUUGUGCCAGCUAGUUGCCGGCUUCCUCGCAUACCGCAAGUAUGACCACCUCGGGGGCACUGCCUUCGUCGGCUAUGCCGCAUUGUGGAUGAGCUACGGUGCCACGCGCAUCUUCCAGGGUGCCGUCACGCCCAUCUCAGCCAACACCACCAACUGUUCAAUAUGCUGCAGUUCAAAGCUGCAGUUCAAUAUGACUGGAAUGGAGUUGAUGAUGGAGAACGCCACGGUGACACCAGAACUCUUUGUGCCCAAGUCAGCCAUCGCCGGACUGCUCCCCUACAUCCUCCUCUCCUUCCUCCUGGCCUUCUGCUCGGCCACCGUCAACUACAUCAUGCCCUUCGUGUUCGGGGCCAUCACAGCCACCCUGGUGUUCGAGGCGGUGGGCGCCGUUUCCGGGCCCUGGGCCCUGGUUGUGUCCGGCGUCCUCGAGCUCCUCAUCCUCCUCUUCGCCAUCUACGGCUCGGCCGCGCUCCUGGUCAAGGGCCUGGCACAGCGCUACGUCCUCAAGGGCUUCGGCAACCCGCUCUUCAACGUGCUCCUCCUGGGCACGGCCAACUCGGGCAGCGCGCAGAGCCUCGGCCAGGAGAAGAAGAAGAACACCAAGUACGCCGAGCCCAUGGCGCUGGGCUACUUCUGUGACACCGUCUCGCCAUUCAUUUUCGCCUUCUACUCCUUCCACUACUUCCCUGCGUUCGCCGUGGGCGCCGUGUGGAUCUCCAUCAACUCGGCCUCGCAGCUCCUCUCCAGCUUCUACGCCUACCUCCGCCAGGACACCUACCACGCCACCAAGUUCGGCCUGCACUGCACCUACUGGCUCGUGAAGGCCUGGGAGGAGUUUGUGGUGUCCAUCAUGCUGACGCAAGAUGACGCGGGGUCCGGCCGACUGGCCAUGGUGGGCGACUGGUUCUUCGUGGCGUCGGCCAUCGUCUUAUGCGUGGUCUGCCUGAGCAUGGACACCCUAGAGCUGCUGCACAACCUCUUCUUCCUCCUGCUGACCCUCUCCACCGUCUCGCAGAUCCCGCUGGGCGGCUACUACUACUUCUUCGGCGUGGCCUGCUCGCUCUUCACCGCCGUGUCGCUCUACGGCACGUUCGCCCGCCUCAUCAACUCCAUCGCCGAGAAGUCGCUCAUCCGCGUCGGGCCGCAGCCCGUCUCUUCCAGCCAGCUCCAGACGGUGCUCGGCGGGCUCGGACUCUGCCGCGACACCCUGGCGAAGAAGACGGAGAUGUCCGAGGGCACCCGCUGCCAGCUCCCCGACGCCCUCUUCUACGUGGUCAACGGCAUCGCUGCCCUCGCGGCCAUCCAUCAGCGAGACUCGUCUCCGUCCUUCCUGCACAUGACCGUGCCGUGGGUCCUCAUCCCUGGGGCCAUCAUCCAGGCCUACGUCAGUCGCCUGCAGGUCCAGAGAGGGAAGCGCUUUGGCUCGGUCAUCCCGUUCUUCUACGCGGCGGUCUGGGCUACCUGGACCUGGUACAGGUUUGCAGGACAUCUGCUGCACAUCUUCCCUGGAAAUGCCCAAGGAUUCUCUGCUGGAGCUGUAGCCUUUUUGGUGAUAAAUGGCUUCAUCAUGCUAAUAGCUGCAUAUGGGAAUCUGGUCCUGUUUUUCCUGACCAUCAUAAUGGAGAUUGUGUUAGUGUGUUUCCUUCUGUCCACUCUUGGGACUCUGCCCUACCAGCUGGAGAUUGCCAUGCUUGCCAUAUUUUCUAUUAUCUGCCUCUAUGGGGCUAUGGCAUCUCUUGUAAACUGCAUCUUCAAUAAAACGCUUAUUCCAUUGGGACCAGCUUUGCUUAAGAACAAGAAAAAGAAGGUAGCGGCUCCAAAGCUUCCCUGCCCUGUCCCGAGUUCUCGUGGGACGAGCGGAAUCAUGCAGAUCGCCAAAAUGCUGGACGAGGGCGGCGUUUGUGGAAUUCCCACCGAUACAGUCUACGCACUGGCCGCCUCCUGCAAGAACCCUGCCGCCAUCGAGAGAAUCUACAACAUCAAAGACCGGCCAUCUGAGAAACCGGUGUGCAUCUGCAUUGCCAACGUGGAGCAGCUGGUGGCUGCCAAGCCGCCCUUUAGCCCUCUGCUGUGGGAGUUCAUGAGAAGCGUCUACCCCGGAGGCAUAAGCUGCAUCAUCGCCAAGGGAGAGUGGCUCUACAGACUCGGUGUGGGUGGCGCGUACGACCGCGUGGGCACCAGGGACAGCAUCAUGAUCCGUGUGCCUGACCACACGGUGACCAUGCACCUGUGCACCCUGACCGGGCCCAUCGCCAUCACAUCUGCCAACCCCAGCGGCGAGCCAGACAGCCUCCAUCAUGACAUGGUUGUCUCUCGCCUGGGUCACAAGCUCCAGGGAGUCCUCUGUGAUGGUGAGUCAGCUGAAGUGGCUCCCUCGACAGUGGUCAACUGCCUGAAAAUCGAUGAAGGAAUCAUUACCUUUGUGAGAGAAGGCUGCGUUCCUACUGCCAAAGUUAGACAGAUAUUUGAGAGGGUGAAGAACAGCAUGGCAUGAAAAUCUUUUUACAAAGAACAACACUAAAAGACUACAACUGCAACUACAACAACACUACAAGACUACAACUGCAACUACAACAACACUACAAGACUACAACUGCAACUACAACGCUAAAAGACUACAACUGCAACUACAACAACGCUGAAAGACUACAACUGUAACUACAACAACGCUAAAAGACUACAACUGCAACUACAACAACACUAAAAGACUACAACUACAACUGCAACAACACUAAAAGUAUGCCUUUGCUUUUUCACUUGAUUUGGUGGGAUACCUUUUUUUUUUUCACUUGACUUGGUGGGAUACCUUUUUUUUCACUUGAUUUGGUGGGAUACCUUUUUUUUUCACUUGACUUGGUGGGAUACCUUUUUACACUUCCCAAUCACUUGAGUGAUUGCGUUUGCAAUAUGUGCAAUGUGUGAAAUGUAAUUCUCUCUCAAUUUUACAUGUUUUGUCUAUGAAGUGCAUAUGCUGUGCGUAUGUACCAAGUGGUAUUUGUUACAUAUAACAAUAAUAUUGUGAAUGUUAAUAUUUAAUUUAACAGUUGCCAAAGAAAUAUAAUUGUAACAUAUUCUAAUACAAUCUAUUGUAUGAUAUGAGUUAUUAUUGAAAGCACCACAUAUACCUAAGGAAAAGGUAAUCAAUGCAAUAACCAGGCUGGUGUGCAAUAAUAAUGACACUACAUUCUUAGCAUAAAGCUAAUAUCUUACUAUUAUAUUUGUGUGCUCUCGAUAUCUCUGUAUUUAUUGUCUCUUUUCAAUGGAAUAAAACUAUUUGUGAGAUA